AAAUGGAAAAUUCUUCAAACUGUAUCCCUCUUUCCACAAUGAAAGAAUCUGAAAAGGGUCAGACUGUUUGUAUUUUUGGGACUGGAGAUUUUGGACAAUCUCUUGGAUUUAAGAUGCUGCAGUGUGGCUAUAAUGUUGUCUUUGGCAGUCGAAAUCCACAGUCCUCCAGUCUUAUUCCUAAAGGAGCCAAAAUUCUCAGCCAUGAAGAAGCUGCCAAAGAAUCCUCCAUUAUUAUUAUAGCCAUUCACAGGGAGCACUACAACUUUCUGGUGGACUUAAGAGAACAACUGCAAGGAAAAGUGCUGGUCGAUGUCAGCAACAAUCUAAAGAAAAAUCAGUACCCAGAGUCCAAUGCUGAAUACCUUGCCGGUAUGGUGCCGGGAGCAAAAGUAGUAAAGGCAUUUAACACUGUAUCUGCCUGGGCUCUGCAAUCAGGCACAUUAGAUGCAAGUCGGCAGGUUUUCAUUUGUGGUGAUGACGUCAAGGCUAAAAAUAUGGUUAUGGACAUUGCUCGCUCUCUGGGACUAACACCGCUGGACCAAGGAUCUCUGUUAUCAGCAAAUGAAGGAGAAAAUUAUCCACUGCAACUAUUCCCAAUGUGGAGGCUUCCAAUGUACAUCUGUGCUGGAUUUACUAUAUUGAUUUUCUUUUAUGGUGUGCUAACUGAAGUAAUCUACCCUUAUGUUAAAAACAAAGAAAACACAUUGUAUCUGACUGUUAUUACCAUUCCAAACAGAGUGUUCCCAAUCGUUUCCCUCAUACUGCUUGCCUUAGUUUACCUUCCAGGAAUUAUUGCUGCCAUCAUUCAGCUAUACAGAGGUACUAAGUACAGGCGCUUCCCUGAUUGGCUUGACAAAUGGAUGCUCUGUCGCAAACAGCUUGGACUGGUAGCCCUGGCUUACGCAUUUCUACAUGUAAUUUACACACUGGUAAUACCAAUCCGAUAUUAUGUACGAUGGUGGUCUGAUCAGUACACAAUCAAUCAGGUAAAAUCAAAUAACACCUACCCAUUUUUGAGUCACUAUGCCUGGCUUUCUGAUUCUUACGUGGCACUGGGAAUUCUGGGAUUCUUCUUUUAUAUACUUUUGGGUAUAACAUCUCUGCCAUCGGUAAGCAAUGCUGUCAACUGGAGAGAGUUCCGCUUUGUGCAGUCAAAAUUGGGAUACUUGACACUGCUACUGUGUACAGCGCAUACGCUCGUCUAUGGCGGAGACCGAUUUAUCUAUGGAUACGCGUACAAGUGGUUCCUCCCUCCGGCUUUUGUUAUUUCUCUAAUUAUUCCAUGUGCAGUAUUAGUAAUGAAAUUCAUCCUCGUCGUUCCAUGCCUGGAUAGCAGAAUCACCAAAAUACGACAAGGGUGGGAAAGAAAUGUGAAGUGCUCAGCGGAGUUGGACAUAAAAAAAUGAUUUAACAUGCACCCACUAACCUAACUGAUUUCUGUAUGGAAAUAUGUAAUCUUCAUUUAGGAAUAUUCGCUAGCACUUACAAUGAUUACACCUGAAAAAUGUUGAGGUGAAACUAAGAUAAAUCGAGCCCUUUGGAAAUUCUUUCUCAUGUAGAAAAAUAAAAUGCGUUCUUCAUCUAUGUAAUGCAAGUAAUAAAAGAAAUAUAAA